GCAAUAGACGUGCUAGCUUCUACUUUGUUCGUUGUUUGUUCCUUGACCACCCAAUCCUAGACGCAGAGAUGAUGAACCUCCUCGCGUUGGGCCUCCUCAUCUCCUCCCUCGCCGCCGCCGGCGUAUGGUCACCUCCGCCGGAGCCACCCAAGCCCCGCCACCCCGACAAUCUCGUCCGAGAAGGCCACCGCCUCAUCGUCGUCGAGUACGAACGCCAAGUCCCCUCCGACCACUCCCCGCGUCCCGAAACCACCCAUCACCUCAUUGAAGAAGCCAAGGAGAAGUUCCAAGAGGCUGCCUCCCAUCUCCCCAACGUUGGCCAGGGCAUCUCCACUCCCACCACCCAAUCCCAACCAGAAUCCCAAUCCCCUUCUACGAAGGAUAAGAUAUGCGAUGCCUACGGCGCAUGCAAGGAUAAGCUAUCCAACCUGGUAGGCAAGAGCAAGGAUAAGGUCGCCGAAAAGGCUUUCCAGCUUGAGGACACCGCAAAGGACACCACCAAAAAGGUCAUGGACAAGAGCAAGGACAUCACCACCGACAAGGCCUUGGAACUCAAGGAGACUGCGAAGGACACCGCCAAGAAAACAGUGGACUCGUACAAGGAAGCUGGGCAGGAUAUGGCGAGCAAUAUAUCAAGCAUUGCCGAGAAGGUGGUAAACGAGACCGAGGCGGCGGCUAGCGAGCUGCGGCGGAACCUCACCGAUAUAAUUCGGCGAGCUCGGGACGUGGCCUAUGAUGCGACUGUGUACGUCGGGGCGCCGGAGACGGCGAGCACGGUGGCAGCGGUCGCACAGCUGCUUGGAUUUGCUACAGCGUACGGGACGUGCGUGUGGGUGACCUUCGUGUCGAGCCACGUACUCGCCACGGCGUUGCCGAGGCAGCAGUUUGGGCUUGUGCAGAGCAAGUUGUAUCCGGUGUACUUCCGGGUGGUGGCUUACGGCGUCGGAGUUGCAUGGCUUGCACACUUCUUAGGGCAGGACGGGCGGGCGGUGGCGGAGCGGUUGCAGGGCUACAAUUUGCUUGGGUCCUUUGUGCUGGUCUUGGUCAACAUGCUCUUCCUGGAGCCUAAAGCCACUAAGGUUAUGUUUGAAAGGAUGAAGGUGGAGAAGGAAGAAGGAAGGGGAAGGGAAAUGGCGGACGUGCUCGUCGAGCCGGCAUCGACGACGACGACGGCAACCACGACCACUGCUGCUACCACGCCGACGAGCACGGCGUUUGGGGUGGCGAGGAGUACGGUGGCGGUGGACCAGGAGGUGGUGAAGGGUAGAAUGGCGAAGCUGAAUGAGAGGCUGAAGGUGCUCAACAACUACUCAUCCUUCAUCAAUGUUUUGUCUCUCAUGGGUCUAACCUGGCACCUGGUGCACCUGGCCCAUCGGGUGCGAACUAGUUGUUAAAGGCCGGGGCAUGCUUUAGUUGUGGGUGGGUUGCGUGGUUUGCCUUGUGAUGGUGGAAUGUUGUGUUGUCUGCUCUUGUUGGAAUUUAAUACUGGCUUUGUUACACGUUGCAAAUUAAUUAACAUGUAUCUUAGCUUAGUGUGG